AUGGACAUCACAAUAAACGCCCACGGUGCUUUGAGCAAGCUCUCGACCGAGAUCCGCGCUCUGAUCUACCAAAUAGUCAUAUCACAGGGCUAUAUUCUAUGCAACAGGACAGGCAUCCCGUGGACAUCACGCAAGCGCGCGACCCUAGGCGUACUAACAACGAACAAAGCCAUUCGUGCCGAAGUCAAAGACGUCCUCUACACACACGGCCAGUCUCUAGUGGAGACGAGAUUCAAGACUAUCGCCGCCAAUCCGGACAACUUACAAACAUGUCGUGGCGCCGAGGGGAUCAACACUACGCUGAGCAUCAUCAUAGACGGCACGAAAAGACAUGACAGAGUCAGAAAUCCAUUUCCUGAUUUCAUAGAGCCAGAUCGCAGAUGGAUGGCUUGUAUGCCCAAAGCCAUCGGGCUGUACAAAAACCUGCAGAAUCUGCACAUCGAGCUUGAAACCAUCAAUAGCCAGCCUUUUACGAGACUCGGGUGA